AUGUUCAAAUACAAUAAGUAUUAUCAGCAAUUUUAUUAUACUACUACAUCUUCAAAGCAAUGGCUUGCAAGGCAAAUUCGUGAUAAAUAUGUUAAAAAGGCUGCUCAAGAAAAUUUUCGUGCUCGUAGUGCAUAUAAAUUACAAGAAUUAGACAAUAAAUAUAAUUUCAUUAUACCUAAUUCUGUAAUUAUUGAUUGUGGUGCUUCACCUGGAA